UUUAUCAUCCGCCAUUCAGUGAAAAUGAUGGGACCUAAAAUUUUGGCAAAGGUUAGUAAGUCAAAGGAAUUAAAAUGGUGCAAAAUUUUUCGGGAGUGUUCUGAUUUUUGUGGCAAUCGCGGGAGAGUUGCAUCACCACCAAUCAACGGUGCAUCGCCGACCAAUGGGAGACAGCAACAUCUGAGUGCCAGCCACAGAUUUGUCCUUAUCAGGAGCUAUGCAGAAACAGGAGCAGGUUCGACAAUAACAAUAACUAACCCCCUACCGGCGAGGAAAGUGAUAGUGGCGAUAGUGCGUGAUUACUCUAAAAACUGUACAAGAACUGUGAAAUUACAGGCAGGCCCAAGUGCGUUAAAUAUGGCACCCUCAUUGAGUUUGGAUGACUACGACUGUAUAGGAUUUGAUCUAGACAAUACUCUCGGUGAGUACCAGCUUUUAGCUAACGCUAAACUAGAGUUUGAUUUGUUCGCAAAAUACUUAGUGGAGCGAAAAGGAUACGACAGUAGCAUCUUCCUCCCACCCUUUGAGGACGAAAUUGAUUUUGUACAGCGAGGUCUCAUCUUGGACAAUUUUAAGGGGAAUAUACUGAAAAUUGGUCAUGAUGGCACUGUAUUGCGAGCAUGCCACGGAACGAAAGCAAUGAGUAACGAAGAAAUAGCUGAAACUUACGGUCCCGAAAGGAAGUGGAAUAUUGGUGUUGAAUAUUGCUCAAAUCCUCUAACUUAUUGGGAGGGGUCCCUGGCAGAGCAGAUGCGGACACUUUUGGACUACUUUGACACCCCAGCCUCCCUACUGUUCGCCAGAGCGGUAGACGCUGUUGAUAUCAAACUGGGUAAAAGACCGGAAAAAUAUACUGUUUUUCCUGAUAUGCUUGAAGGACUAAAGGAAAUGUAUGCACGAGAGCACUUUCAGUUGAACAAAGGAGGAUAUUUUCCUACUAUUAAAGCCGACUAUCCCAAGUAUGUGAAAAAAAGUAGUCCUAACAUCCUAAAAUGGCUCAGAGAAUUGAAGAAAACAAAGAAAUUGUUUGUAAUCACAGGAUCUAAUAUUGACUAUGCAUCCUGGACAAGUAAGCAAGCACUGGGUGAUGACUGGAAAGAGUAUUUUGAUAUUGGAGUCUUUUACUCAAGAAAACCAGGAUUUUUCACUGCCCGUCGACCAUUCUUAAAAAUCGAAGGAAUCACUGAAACAGAUCCUGUUACCAGUGACGAUCUGCAGCCGAAUAAUUGUUAUAGUCAAGGCAACUGGCCAGACUUAUAUAAAUUUUUGGGCAGAAUCACCGGCAAAGAGGAACCGAAGUGCCUCUACAUUGGUGAUAAUUUGUUGCAAGAUAUUUUCACACCAUCAAGAUAUUCUAACUGUGAUACAAUAGCUGUCAUUGAGGAACUCAAUGCGGAGUCAGAUCCAGAAAAAAAUCCCAAUUCCCGACACGAAGCAGAAUCUUAUUUAAAAUCAAACUUUUGGGGUUCAUAUUUCUUUGAUGAAAAAUCAGACAAACCGACUCUUUGGGCGAAAAUGAUCCACCAGCAUUCCAAACUUUGUAUUCCUAGUCUUGAAGUGUUGGCUCAACUUCCUAUCGAUCAUUCAUUUGAAUGUUUUUCUCCUGAUGAAGCAGAGCAAAAUAUAGCUCUAAAUUUAUCUGGUUACUAUCCGUUCAGCCCUCCAAGUUUAAGUACAAAACAGAAAGGAACAAUUAGCCAAGCGUAACUUGUUGCUAAAAGAUUUCCUAUGUAUAUCUAAUGCUGUUCAUUACUUACCUCUCAUAUUGGCAUAGGUAUUCAUUGAAAUGUCAAGAGCGGUAGAGUCAUUGUGUGAACUCAAAUCGAUUGAGUGUCCAGUCUUCUGGCUGAUAAAAUCUGUCACAAAUAUAUUUUAAUUUAUUCAGUAUUUUGUAAAGAAAAAUUGUUGCUCAUAAAUGGAUAAAAUGUAAUUUUAUCGCAAAUUAUAUUUUUUAUAUUUGCUUACGUA